AUGUCGUUGGUACAAGUGCUAGCUGCCGCAACUUUUUGUUACGAGUCUAAGAGACCACUAGGGGGCGUUUGGUACGUGGGACUGGGUUGGGAUUGGACUAACUUACGUAAGAAAUUAAGACCAGUCCUGCGUUUGGGUGAUAGAGGGACUCAAUUAAAUGAGCUUAUGAAAGCCCCGUGUCCUCUCCACACCUUCUUACGGAGCGGCCCCAAAAUUGGGGGGACUACUCAAGCUCGCGGUAGAGAACGAUCGAGAAGCGCUCAUUACUCCAAGUGGGAAAUUCAUCGCCUCUCUCACUCCUCGUCUCACCACUGCUCAAGGUGCGAAAUUCCUCCUCUCAUUGCUUCGCCUCACCGACUUCAGAUGCUAUUGAAGAUGAAGGAAAAUCUGGUUACAAGAGGUGAAGGUCGUGAUUCUUUGCUUAUCAGGCAUCAGCUCUAUGUAUUUCAUUAUUUGGAUGUAUUUUUGUAA